AUGUUUGAGAAAUUCACCACCUUCGAUAUCACCGUCGAGCCAGACGUAACCAUCCAUGGCGUCCACGGCGGUUCCGGCCCAGCUCUUCUAUUACUUCAUGGGUUCCCUCAAACGCAUCACAUCUGGCAUCGGGUCGCCGACGAAUUAGCCAAGAGCUACUACGUAGUUGCCAUGGAUCUCCGCGGCUAUGGCCGUUCCUCAAAACCCGAUGGCGGAGAAGGGCAUAUUCGCUAUGGCAAGAAAGCAAUGGCAAAGGAUGCCGUGGCAGUCAUGAAGCAAUUACAAUCACGCCGUGACGCAGGAGAUGAAUCGUUCUUCGUCUGUGCUCACGACAGAGGCGCACGAGUCACCCACCGCCUAUGCGUAGAUUACCCGCAUCUCAUCAAACGGGCAAUCCUGCUCGACAUCUGUCCCACGCUGGCAAUGUACACAAAGACAACCCGCGACUUUGCGCAGUCCUAUUUCCACUGGUUCUUCCUCAUCCAACAGUCGCCCUUACCGGAACUCUCAAUCUCGACGAAUGCCCAAGUAUGGGUUGAGAGUUUCAUGGGUGGACGAUACGCUGGCCUCGCGCCCUUUGCAGAUGAAUGCCUGGCUGAAUAUAAAGCGAGUUUGGCGGAUUAUGACACUGUGCAUGCUAUGUGCGAGGAUUAUAGGGCUGCGGCGUCGAUUGAUCUGAAAGAUGCCGAAGAGGAUGUUGUUGCGGGCAGGAAGGUGCAGUGUCCCAUAAGGGUGCUUUGGGGCAAGAAUGGGGUUGUAGGGAAGUUGUUUGAUGUGCUGGGCGAGUGGAAGAGUGUUUCGAGUCAGAGUGUGGAUGGUACGGCGGUUGAUUCCGGGCAUUAUAUUCCGGAGGAGAGGCCGGAGGAUGUUAUUGCUAAUGUUUUGGAGUUUCUGAUAUAG